GGAGGCUCCGGGCAUGUGGCUCCCAGGCUUCUCGUCGCUGACCCUCGGGUUGCCCUCAAUGUAGCGCGCGCUGGCCAAAAUAGUAUGAAGAGCAGCAUGGCAGCAGCGGGCAGCGAGCAGAAGGAGUUACUGGCGCUUAUGCACCAGCACUUGGUCCAAAUUGGCUACCAGAAGGCGGCCAAGGAGCUGCUGCGACAGAGCGGGCAGAAAAACUUCCCAUCACCCUCCAUCCCUCUUGAGGAUAUCUUCACUCAGUGGAAGAAGGGUUCCUUCCGAGCCCAGAAACGAAAAGCAGAUGAUAUCAAGACAGAUACUGCAGCAAAAAUCAGAGUUCCUGACCCCAAGAGCAGUUCUGAGACCUCAGAAGAGGAAGAAGAGGCAAACCCCAUAAAAACUAACCUUCCUGUGAACAACAGCUCUUCAGCUAAGGUCGAGAGUAGCAGUGAGGAUGAGGAUUCGUCCUCUGAAGAGGAAGAGGUUGCUAGCAAGAUGGUGAAGGCUACUGUGACAGGAAACCAAACAGCUAAUUUACUGCAGCUUGCUGCUCAAAAAGCCAAUUCUGUUCCAGGUAAAGGGGUAGCUGUAGCUGCUGUCCAAGCAAAAGAGAAACCAAACAAAGCCAUUUCAAACAAGCCAUCUCCUUUAGCUAGGGCCAAAGCUGGACAGAAUAAAGUUCCUUCUGGCAAACCAGGAGCUGCCUUGCCAUCUCAGCUUCUUCCAGGACUGAGCACAGCAUCAGCAGGCCUUGCACAGAAGGCAGCAGACUCUGAAAGCAGUAGCAGCACAUCUGAGAGUGAAGAAGAAAAGAAGUCAACUGCAGUGAAAAUGCCAACUCCCAAGCCACCUCUAAAAAAGGCGGAGAGCAGCAGUGAGGAUUCCAGCGAGGAGUCUGACUCUGAAGAACCAACAAAUACAACAAAAGUUCAGGUAAAGCCAGCUGUGCAAAGUGCACCGACUAGUGCAACUCCAGUGAAGAGCUUGUCUACCCCUGUCAUACCUUCUAAAGAAUCCACGGUAAAGGCAAGUCCAGCAAAGGCAAAAGUAACUCAGAUCAGAGCAGCAUUAGGCAAUGCAACUGAAAGCAAAAAGCCAGCCGACAGCUCAGACACCAGUGACUCAUCUGACAGUGAGGAUGAGGAAUCUUCCUCAGUAGCACAGGCAAAAUCAUCUGAAAAAACACCUCAGGCCUUCACAACUUCAGUGAAAAAUGCAUCACCAAAUCUAUUGUCUGACAAGGCAGCUUCUGCUCCAACUCUCUUGAAGCAAAUACCAAAGCCUUCUGUGUCGAGCUUGAUUAAACCUGCACUUCUGCCUCUCGCCAAGGUUGCUGGGAGUGCAGGGAGCUCAGAGAGCAGUGAGUCCUCUUCUGAGAGUGAGAAUGAAGCUCCCCCAGUUCCAGUAAGCCAGAAGAGAUUGCAAACGCCUCAGCCUCCCACUGGAGUCAAACAAAAUCAGGCUGCUAAACCUGGCACCCCACCGAAAGCUCCAUCAAGUGCUUUGAAAAGGAAGGAAACUGAGAGUGAGAGCAGCAGCUCAUCUGACAGUGAGGAUGAAACAGUCCCAGCAGUACAAAACCUGGCAUCUCCAUCUGGAACCAAAACUAAUGCUGCAGCUCAACUCUCACAUGCCAAGAAACCCUUUUCUCCACCAGCAUCACUUAAGGCUGCCCAACAGAGUGAAGACAGUAGCCAGGAUUCAAGCGAUGAGUCUGACACAGAGGAAGACACAGUUUUCACUCAGAAAUCAUCUCCAGUGACACAGAAAGCCUUACUCACUCCUGUAAGAACCCUGGUUGCAAAGACUACAGGUGCUACAUUGGGCAAAGCAGGCAGUGCACAGUCAGCAGGAAAAGGCAAAGCAAACCUAGAUAAUUUGGCAACUGCCUCUCUUCAAAAGGCAUCACAGAGUUCAGAGACUGACAGCUCUGAUUCCUCAGAGAAUGAAGAGGAUGGGAAGCCAGCAGCCCAGCCCCCUAUCCACCCGUUUUUUAAACAGAAAAUACCCUCCAAGAAAGCAGCCACCCCUUCAGGGAAGGAUGUACAGGUCAGCACUGCCACUGAUUCCAUUUCCAGUAAGUGCCAAGGAAAAACCCUUGCCACAACACAAAGGAAAGUGGAGCUGAGUUCCUCCAAAAAUGCCAAGCCAUGUCAAAGCGAGACUCUCCCUGCUAAGCCUGCUGGGAUCCUCAAACACAAGGAGAAAUCAAGAAGCAGCAGUUCCUCAGACAGCGAGGAAGAGGCAGUAGCACCACUGGCAACUUCCACACAGAUUUCACAGCCUGGCACCUCACAAAAACAAGGAGUAACAAAAAAGGCAGACAGCUCAUCUGAAGAGUCCAGUGAUGGAGAGCAGGAGCCUUCACAGUCUCUCUUAGCAGGUUAUCCAGGUAUUUUCAAAACCCCUGCAGCCCCUGUGCAGAAGAGUGUUGCACCUAAGCCAUCCAAACGGGGGUCUAGGAAGACAGCAUCUACUACUGGCACUCCUGCAAUCAAUGCUCUUGAAAAACCUUCAGAGAAAAUGGGCCCUGCUGACAUCACAUCAAGCGAUAGCAGUGACACUGAUUCAGAUGCUGAGGAAAAACCAGCUGGGCUGAAGGCAGAGCUUGGUGUCUUGCCAUUUUCUGCGAAGAAAGCUGUUGUGGCUAAGAAGAGCAAGUCUGGACCAGAUAGUGUUUCUAAGGCCUCCCCUGCAAAGAAAGCCACAGCCAAAUCUCAAAGGAAUGGCAGAGCUAAAGGAAAUGCAGCCAUACAGCUGCCCCUUGUACCUUGCUCAGAGAGUGGAGAUAAUAAGGCUGUUGCCCAAGACCCUGGAGCAGGAGCCCAGGGGGACACACAAGCCACCCCUGUUGUGACAGUCAAGACUCCCAAAACAGUAAAACCAUCAAAGGCUGGAGUCAAAGAGAAGCAGAAGAAAAAACGUAAAUUGGCAGCUGGAGACGCAAGUCUUGGGGAACCAAAAAGAAAAAAGCAGAAAGGGCAGACUGGUUCAGAGAUGGUGAAGAAAAAGAAGAAAUCCAAAUCUUCAAGCAGCACAAAGGCACCAAAGGAAAAAGAUGGCAAAGAGAAAAAACCCAAGAAAAGUAAGAGCAAAAUGUCUACUUCGUCUACUUCUGAUGUGUCACCGUUAAAGAAGAAAAAGAAGAAAAAGAAGAAAACCAGUGAUCUUGAGGGAGCAGUGUGAGCAAUAACCUACCGUAUGAAAUGGAUAUAUACUGAGGGAAAGUUCGGCAGAAAGGAGCAGUAUGCAUAUAUUUUUUAAACAAAAGAUGAUAAAUGUUAAAGGUUGAAUUUAAAUCUUAAUUUAUAAUUAUUUUUAACUGUGACUUUUAGAGCUAAGUCUUGCUAGCAAGAGCCCUAAAUGGGAGCUUGGGAAUUGGGGGUAUACUGAAAAUGCUGCCAAGGAGAAGGCUUAGACACUUGUCACUAAAAUGGGAUUUGGAGGACAAGAAGCCUACUCUGGUGACAUAAUCUUUGAUGUAGUCAUUUUCUUUAGCACAAUCUCUGCUGUAUCUGUUGCCCCCCACUCUGCCCCCUAAGAGUUAUAUUUUUAAUGACAUCAUUGGCUGUUGUGCUACUCACUUUCCAAGUAACUAAAGUCAUUUAAAUAUUAAAGGAGGGUGUUCUGUAACUGUGCUCUGUAGUCUUCUUUUCUGGAUUUGUGUUCAAAUAUGUACAAAGCUUCGUUGUCCCUUGAUUGGCCUUUGUCUCGUCUUUUUUAUACAUAUAGAACACAAUAAAACAUUUUGAUUGGAAAAAAGAAAAUGUGCUUGAUCUUUGCAAAUUCAUUGAGCAAAUUUCUCAGCCACAACUAAACUUCUCUGAAGAAUUUUGGUUAGAUGCGCACCUCAACUGUGUACUGUGUACAGGAUCAGUGUGUGCAUUUGUUCUCAAUGCUCUUGGUUGCAAGGGAAGGGCUGUGGAAA